UAUGAUUUUUUAUAACCUGUGCCUGUUAAAGUAUUUGUUUACUUGCAUCAGCUGUGGUUGACAUGAUUGAUCAAUCAAAUCAAUUUCAAAUGUGAUACGGGAUUACUUUACCACCUGUAUUCGUAAAUUAAAAUUAAAACUGUUAUUAACAAUGGCUACUAAAGAAAUAGAAAGUAACUUGCUAUGUAAGCGGCUUAUUCAUCACUUUUAUAGCAGAAAUCACAACUUUUGUCUCGAGCCAAAGGACAUAGAAGAAAUGAAUUGGGAUUGGCAGAAGGAGUUUUUGGAUUCCACAUUCAACAGUAAAUUAAUACAAAAAUAUCCUUUGAGUGGACAGUUUUCUAGAUUAUUCCUCAAGAAGUUAAUCCAGCAUCUAGAACCACACCAAGAAGUACAUGAUGACUUCUAUGCUCAAUUGUGUACUGCUAUGAAUAUAAUCAAUAAAGAUGGGUUUAGUUACCAGCAUUAUCUUGUGGAAAAUGAUAUAAAUAAUAUAAUAACUAUAAAAGAAACAAGGAAUAUGGUGGUGAAUGGUACAACAGGAUUAAAGACUUGGGAGUUUUUUUUUCAGGCAGCCUUAAUGUUGUCAGACUGGGCAUUAGCUAAACAAGAAAUAUUCUCAGAGAAGAAUGUUCUAGAAUUAGGGUCAGGUGUGGGUUUCACAGGUAUAACAAUUGGAAAACUCUGUGAUAUCAAGUCUCUGAUGUUUACUGAUUGUCAUGAUGAUGUACUGAAAACAAUUUGUGAAAAUGUAAAAAUUAACUUUCCUGAUUUUGUACAAGAAGAAACUCAGGAUGUAACUUCUUAUAAAUCUGAAAACAAAUGUUUGAGUAUUAUGAAAUUAGACUGGAAUUCUGUAGACAAUCUGCCUGAUAAUAUUGUUCCAGAUAUUUUAAUUGGAGCUGACAUUGUUUAUGAUCCUUCAAUACUGGUACCCCUGUGCAAUGUUAUUCAGACUUUUUGUAAAAGGAAUAGCAAUUUAGUGGUGUAUAUUGCCAGUGUUAUUAGAAAUGAAGCAACUUUUGCAAGUUUUCUGAAGACUCUAGAUGACGCCCAGUUGCAGUAUGAAAGAGUAGAAGUAAAGAAAAGUGGUUACAUUGAAUGGGAUGACUGUAUAAAUAAAUGUUUAUUAAAAAUUAUAGAAAAAUCAACAUAAAUCA